CGGCGCCGUUUCGUCAGUCAGUCAUUUCUGUUGCUUUUCAGUUUCAGUUCGGCUACGUAGAGAACACCUAAACGGCCUUCCCCAAAAAGAAAACUGACACAUACACCCACACACUCACACUCGCACACACACACACAGCCAGGUAGCGAUAGAGCGUAAUAGCAACAAUAAAAACAACAAUAAGCUACGUCGCCGGGCAAGAACAAGAGCCAAAGGUGACGACGAAUUUUUUUUGAGCGCCAAAAACCAUAACGGUAUAAUUUCCUUUGCCUCCUCCUCCCCCUCCGGUAGUGCUAUAGUCAGAGACAGAGAGAGAGAGAGAGCGAGUGUGUGUGUUUUAUUUUUUGUUUUUAAUUUUAAAAACAUAUAAAUAAUAAUAGACUGUGUAGAGGUGUGCGUGUAAUCAAAUACAAAUCAGUAAAAUAACAAAAUUCUUGACGUAAUCGCUGAAAUGCAAAGCAAUAAUAACAACAACAAUAAGUUUUCUUCACUGUGUGUUUUGUGUGUCGGAUUUUAAUUUGCACAGUUUUUUUUUUUUUUAAAUUUUUGUUGUAUUUUUUUGUAUUGUUAUCUCUAUUGCCUUGAGAGUGAACAAAAAGAGACAGAGCGAAAACACAGUCGCGCUGAUUUUGUUUGCCGUUAUGCAAAGAUUUCAUUGUUAUUAGUCAGCAACGACAACAACAACAACAACAACAAGCAACAAACAACAAACAAUAACAAUAAUAACAACCACAACAAUCCGACUUGGAGUUGGACAACAAAAAAUCCUCCAACGAAACGGCGAUCCCUUCAAGCUGGCCAAAUUGAAGCGGAAACGGAAGCCAAACUGAAGCACUUGUCGGAGAGCGUCUCGGUGCUGCUGAAGAUCGCCAGGAUCGGCAAUAUGGACAACAGCAUCGUCGAGGAGAACGGCAACUCGUCGGCGGCUUCGUCCGCCAAUGAUGUCGCCGACGUUGUCGCCGCCCAAGCAGCAGCAGUGGCCGCUGCCGCAGCGGCAGCCGUUGCUGGCAGUGCCGGUAGUGGUGGCGGCACAGGAGGAGGAGGAGGAACAGGAGGAGGCGGAGGCGGAGGAGGAGGUAACCCCCAGCAGCAGCAGAACCCACAGAGCACGAGUACAACGGGGGGAGGUACGACGAAUAAUACACAGGGAGGCGCCACCGUGCUCACCACCACCGCCAAUCUGAACAUCCAGUACCCCCUCCAGGCUGGACUGACGCCCCAUGGCCUGCAGGUACAAUCCGUGAUACAGGCGAAUCCCUCGGGAGUCAUACAGACGGCGGCAGGAACUCAACAACAACAACAACAGCAGCAGCAGCAGCAGCAGCAGCAACAACAACAGGCGCUGGCCGCCGCCACAGCGAUGCACAAGGGCGUUGGAAUGGGCGUGGUCUAUGUGGCAAAGCCGGCUAAUACGGUUAUACACACGACCUCGGGCAAUGCAGUUCAAGUGCGUAACAAAAUCCCUCCAAACUUUCCGUGUAAAAUCAAACCCGAACCGAACACACAACAUCCGGAGGAUAGUGACGAGAGCCUCUCGGACGACGACUCCCAGCACCAUGUCAGCGAACUGACGCGACGGCCAUCCUACAAUAAGAUCUUAACCGAAAUCAGUGGACCCGACAUCAGCGGCGCAUCGCAUCCCAUGUCCGACGGCGUUCUGAACACCCAGCUGGCGGGGAGCGGAGCGGGGGGCAACGCGGCGAACAGCUCACUGAUGAACUUGGAUCCGAACUACUACCUGACCAAUCGGAUACCCUAUACCAACAAUAGCGGAUUGGCGGAGGAUCAGACGCGAAAGAGAGAAAUCCGGCUGCAGAAGAAUAGAGAGGCGGCGCGGGAGUGCCGGCGCAAGAAGAAGGAGUACAUCAAGUGCCUGGAGAAUCGAGUGGCGGUGCUAGAGAACCAAAACAAGGCCCUCAUCGAGGAGCUCAAGUCGCUCAAGGAGCUCUACUGUCAGACGAAGAACGAUUGAAUGUGGGGGGAAAGCGGCUCUCCGAUACCGAUACCGUUACCGAUACCGAUACUGACUCUGUUAUCGCCACCCACACAUCUCUAUCUUAGCUACCAAAAAGCUGGCAGCAGGAUGGCUGAAAAGCAACGGUAUUUUGGGAUAGGGAUGGGAAUAGAGAUAGAGAUGGGAAUGGAAUUAAUCGAUUAUCGAUCCUUCCGAUGGCUGGCCGCAUAUCAUGAAUUAUAUACGUAUAGAGGAAUAUGUAUAGAGAUGUAUGUGGUAGUAGUUGUGUGUAGUGGUGUGUAUGAGUACUGUGUGUGGAGGGGGGAUCGUAAAGUUCGAUUUGUUGUUGUUGUUGAUGUUGAUGAUGAUAAUGAUAAUGAUGAUGAUGAUGAUAAUGAUGAUGAUGAUGAUGAUGUUUUUAAGGACACGGACGAAGAAACAAAACAAAGAAAGAAAAGGAACAGAAAGAGAAAAGAACACAGUGUAAUUAUGUUUAUAAUUUUUAAUUGUAAUUUCUUAUGUUUAUGAUUUAGUUUACGAGCCUAGUUUAUUUGAUUAAUUUAAAUUUAAUUAAUACUACAGUUUACCUAAACUCUUGUGUUUCUAUAUAUUAUAUAAAUAUAAAGUUAUAUAUUGUCCUGUAAACCCCUCCCUACCCCCUUUCUGAGAAUCCAAAACUAUCUAUUUUGUAAUUAAAUAUUUUUUUUAAAUUAAUUAUUUUCGAAUUCGUAUUGCAAAGCGUGCGGAUCUAUAGUCUAUAUCUAUUUUUUUUCUUAGCUAAAUGUUGUAAGCCGAUUUGUCAGGGUAUAUAGUCAAAAGUCCCCAAUAUCCUUCUCACCCAACUCCCUACCACAUAAAAAAACAAAGGAUAUAUUAAAAAAAAAAGAGAGAAAAGAGAGUUUAAAGAAAAAAAAUAAUAAUUCACAGGAUCUAUGUGUAUAUAUGUGUGUGUGUGCCGCAGAAAUGUAAUUUUAAAAAAAUUAAGAAAAUUUUAAAAAAAGGAAGCAGAUCGUAAAUUAUUCAAGCACUUUGUUACAUAAUUUUAGCGACAAAAAAAAAUAAGAAAAAAAUAAGGAACAGAAUCAAACGCCCCAAGACACCAACCCACACUCCUCCCAGGACAUCCGAAGAUAACCCCUGUAUUUUGAACCUUAAUAUAUAUAUAUAUUAUAUAUGGAUAUACGUAGCUAGCGAAUAUUUGUACACUAUUUGUAUUUUAUUGAUCUUGUUUUGGAGCGAAGGGAGGUCCUUAAAAAAGGACCCUACAAAGAAUCAUCGAAAAAAUAGAAAGAGGACGAAGUUGGCAGGAAACACACGUAUAUACAGCAUAUAUAUAUGAAUAUAUAUAUAUGAAAAAAAAAUACAAAACUCUCGUUAUCUCUUGUGAUCAACUCAGUUGUUGUUAUAAAUGAAAAAAAAUAAAAAUAAAAAAAUUAUAAAUGAAAGUUGAGGCAAGGAUCGGGGCUCGGGCAGCAGGCAGAGGACUUUUUUAAAUCUAGCAUAGCAAAAAAAAUAAAAUAAAUAAAAAAUAUAUAAAAAUGAUAUAUGAUUACAUAAAAACACGGCUAAAAAACAAUGCAUACAACGUCUAUGUUUUACACAAAGGCUCUUUAUAAAGAAUUCUAUAUAUAUAUAUAUACAUACACGAAUCGAUAUAUAUAUAUAUGUAUAUAUAUUAUGAUCUAUAUCUACAUAUAGGUUACACAUGUAUAUCUCUCUAUUUUUGAUGUCCAAAAUCAAAAUCAUCCUCCCCCAAGAACAGAAAUUCUAAUUUAACUUUUUCAGCAAAAAGUCAGUGGAUGAGAAGAAAAUAUUAUAAUAAAAAAAAAAAAAAUACAAAAAUACAAGUUGCAU